CUCGAUCAGGAAGGUCACUUCAAUACACAUCAGACCGACUUACCGAUGGUCCAAUUGAUAGUCGUUGAUUCUCCUAAUACGACAUCGUGUUUCCCUCGUCGUUGUUGUCAUUUUGCAUGACCAGAGGGGGGAAUUCUUGGGGUAGUAGUAGGUAGCUUGGGGCAAUCAUGUUCCGUUGGAACUCAUCGCCCCGCCAAGCCGUACUUAUUGAUGUAUAAAAGUAAAGCAGCUUGGCGAUCUCGUUUUAUUCGAUAGUUUGACACACCUCACGAAAGACGCGAGACCGGGAAGUUUAUUGUUUAAUAAUGGUGUGGAAUAUACGAGUUCAGCUGCUAUCUGCAGCGUUGGUUACUCUGUGCCAAGCCUGUGUGCGUGAACGCCACUUUCAACCUUCGGAACUCACGAAGAGACAAGCGACUCCGCUGGCACCUUUAAGCCCGGAGGAGAAAAUUCUUGUCGAUUCUGUAUCGAAUAUCAGUAUCUCGGAAUGGUCUUACUACUACACUCACGGCUAUCAUGUGGCGGGCAAAAACAUGACAAUGGCUGAAUGGACAGCCGACAGGUUUAGCGAGAAUGGGUGGAACGCAAGCGUGGUUUCUUAUAACGUUUACUUGAAUUAUCCUGUCAACAAGUCACUCAGUCUUACGUACCCCAACGGCAGUAUAUUUCAGCCCCUUCUCGAGGAGGCAGUCUUAGAUGCCGACGAGACAACGAGCUAUCCCAAUCGCGUGCCCACCUUCCACGGGUAUUCAGCGAGCGGUAGCGCCGAGGCCGAGUUCGUCUACGUCGGAAGGGGACAGCAGGAUGACUUUGCCCGAUUAAAGGAGCUGGGUGUGCCCCUUGAGGGGAAGAUUGCCGUUUCUCGUUACGGCGGCCCGUUUCGCGGGCUCAAGGUCAAGAACGCGCAGGAAAAUGGCAUGAUUGGUGCGAUCCUCUUCACUGACACGGGUGAUGAUGGGAACAUCACCGAAGCUAAUGGAUACGCGGCGUAUCCGGAUGGUCCCGCGCGGAAUCCUACUUCUGUGCAACGGGGUAGUGUGCAGUAUUUGUCGAUAUAUCCGGGAGAUCCGACUACGCCGGGCUAUCCCUCGAGAAAGGAUUCCCCGCGUGCAGAUACCCGGGCGGUGAAGCCUAUGAUUCCUUCUAUCCCUGUCUCCUAUGUGGAUGCUAUCCCGAUAUUAGCUGCGCUUGAUGGUCAUGGCGUCGAUGGAGAGGCAGUGAACCGCACGAGAUGGGUUGGCGCGCUUAAUGUCUCUUAUAGCACGGGCCCGGCUCCCGGAGCCACCAUCAGCAUGAGUAAUCUCAUGGAAGACGCAUACACAGAUAUUUGGGAUACCAUCGGCAUCAUCAACGGGACAAACCCGGACGAAACUGUCGUUAUUGGUAACCAUAGGGAUGCGUGGAUCAUCGGAGGCGGCGCCGAUCCGAAUAGCGGAACGGCGAUCAUCGUCGAGUUGUCUAGAGCGUUUGGUAAGCUGCUUGCUCAGGGAUGGCGGCCGAAAAGGAAUAUUGUGCUGUGUUCUUGGGAUGCGGAGGAGUACGGGCUUGUCGGUUCCACGGAAUGGGUUGAAGAGUACAUCCCAUGGCUCACGGACACCGCCGUCUCGUAUCUUAAUAUCGAUGUAGGGGCAUCAGGUGCAUGGCCCUAUAUCUCAGCUACUCCGGAGCUCCAUCAGAUUUCGACCGAUGUGAUGAAGAAAGUACCUUGGAUGGACACUAAUAGAACUAUGUACGAUGCAUGGCUUGAAUAUGCGGGAGGCUCUGUAGGAGUGCUCGGUAGUGGCAGCGAUUAUACCGCUUUCGUGCACAAAGGCAUCGGUUCUAUUGAUAUGGGUGCCAAUGGCGGUUCCGAUGACCCCGUCUAUCAUUACCACAGCAACUACGAUUCAUAUCAUUGGAUGAGCAACUUUGGUGAUCCGGGGUUCCUGGCUCACAAGUAUAUGACGAAGUACCUAACUCUGUUGGCCUACAAUCUUGCCACUGCCGAGUCACUCCCCCUCAACGUGUCCAACUGGGUGACGCAAAUGGAGACGUACUACGACGAUCUGCUGUCCACUAUUAAUUCGACAUCAAACACCCUCGACAUAUCAUCGCUCCGAAGCGCGCUCGACGAAUUCGCAGCAGGGUCACGGGACAUCACGGCCCUCGAGCAGCAAGCGGUAGCAACCCAAGACCCCGACCUCACCAUCCUAGUAAAUCACAAGAAACGGGAUUUCCAGCGCGGAUUCGUCUCACAAGGCGGACUACCGAAUAGAGAGUUCUAUCAAAACCUCAUCUUUGCCCCUGGACUUGACACUGGGUAUGCACCGACUACUUUCCCCGGUAUCACCGAGGCGUUUCUAGCUGGUAACGUUUCGCUCGCGGCUGAGUAUGUGAAAAAAACCGCGGAUGCUAUUUUGGUUGCAGCGAACAUCAUCAAGACAUAGCAUCGCGGUAGAUUAAAGGGAGCAGGUUGGUUAACAUAGCAGCAGCUGAGGUAAAUUCCUCAGACUCGAAAGAUACUGAGUCUAUAAUAAUGCUAUUCCAUUUAAUGAGUUCCAGGGCUGAUUGUAGAUGCUUGUUGAUGCUGUAACAAGUUGUUGUAGUUAACGGGAUCGUAUGGAGAGCACCUAGUUGCUAUCCUCGGCAAUCGUUGGUCAACAAAUCAGCGACUGCGCAGAGCUCUUAUAAGUUCUCGUCUUAGCUGUUAAACGGCACCGGAUUAUCUCCCCCAAAAGAUUUUACAACGAAUCCUAACACUUUUAUAACUCGGAUAUAGCUGCGCAGUUCUGUAGUAGACGCCUGUACCGGAUUCUGCUACUAUCUGUGCAUUCAUCGGCUCCCACUGUGCCUCUGCGAUGCUACCCUCGACAGCCCGCCACGUGGAACGUAUAGUUUCGACUCGGCUCGUG